AGUAGAGAACGGUUCGUCACACGUUGUUAAUGCAGCGUGACAAAAUAUUUACGUCUUCGGAAUAUGACUCGAUGUUUCCCUUUACCGAUGUGCAAGUGGGAUAAGUAUAAUAAAGUUACACCAUAUAUACGGCACAGGUAGGGUUAUCAACUCUCGAAAGGACCAACCCGGGAGAAUUUUAUGUAAUCGAGACGAACAGAUUUAACGGGAAGCGGCGCACGUUUUUGUGUCACACAGCUUGUGUGUAACCGCAAAGCAAGUGAGUAGCGACACGUGCGAACGACAGAUGCGUAUAAUUUUUAGAAAAGCCGGAAAAAUUAUUGCACCCCGGGAGUUUGGGAGAUUAACCAUUGUUACCGGAGUCUCCCGGGCAAUUCGAGAGGGUUGGGAACCCUAGGCACAGACCUCCUUUCAUUUCUGAGAGGGAUUUAGGUUAAAGAUACAGCCGCCGUGUUGGCCCAAUGUGUGGUGGCGGACUUCGCAUAAUUUCUUGAUAAUAUUUUUUAUUACUUUGACAUGAUCCUCAAGAUCUUCAAGAUGUUUUCCUUUACCGCCGAGCACGUGGUAAAUCAGCAUUUCAAACUGCAAUUAACAAUAUCAUUGGUGCCGGCGGAGUUCGAAUCAGGGUUGCUAGCGUACUGUGAAAUUUACAGCGAGCACUUAGCUCCUCCGCUACCACUUCGACUCGACUUAAAACUGCAACCAAUGCUGCCAAAACUGAGAAUUCUGCUCGGGCUCUCAUGCCAGAAUUCGUACACGACCCAUCUCUUUACAUAUCUGGCAACUAAUAAUAAUUUAGUUCAUUAUAUGUGGUAUUUUGUCUUAAAAAUAAUAUAACUGUACUAAAUAAUUAUAUUUUGCGUUACAGACGAACUGCCGUACAUGAAUGUGCCUCUGCAUACCAUUGUAAAGCUAACAUCGUAUGGGUAUAAGUACAAAGUGGAGAUGAUAAAGUUGCCCAUCGAUUGUGUUGACACGCACCGGAAACAGCCCAAGAACUGCUCAAUAAACAGAAGUACCGCAGAAGCCUUAGUGACGGUGCCAUCACAUUAUGACACUCUACCGUCGAAUUUGUGGCAGAAUCCAAAUGAGGCACAACUUUAGGCACAAACGACGCGUCCCAAAUGAUGGGGCGUCUGAGCCUUUAACAAUAUCAGCAUUACCGGGGCGACAGCCCUCGUGUGUGGAAGGCCACUAGGCCUCGUCUGGGUCAUGAAACAACCACAGACAUGGAAGUAAAGAGAUGAGUAACAGGAGCCACAUAGCGAUCUAUGGACUUAUUGUAGACUGUUCACGCCCACAGUGCACUACAGCGAGUUAUUAGUGUCAAAAUGUUAGUGAAACAAUCAAUUGCGAACAAAAUGAAUAGAAUGUUCGGGUACGAGUGUUAUCUUCCCAUAAUUACUUAUAAGACUGAAAUGAUUUUACUUUGUGGCAAUUUUUGCAGUUCGUUUAAUUUUAAUUUUACUGUUUGUUCUUAUGGUUAAUUAGUGCGUCGAGUGACGGAUAGUAACGUACCUAUUUUUUAAUGAAUAAUAUAUACGCUGCACGAGAGACCUGCUUGCAUGGUUCGUGUGCAAUUUUUUGUAUUCAUUUAUGUUUGUAUCAUUUCGUUUUGUAAGACGUCAUUCAUAUAUGCAUCUUUCAUAGAAUAUAAAUGAUAUACGUAUAUUUUCUCAUAUACACAUAUUUUUUUAUUGUAGGCAAUAAUUGUAAAUCUAAAUCUUAAGUAAAAAUUUAAUUUUAAAUUUAGAAUGUCGAAUACUAGUUUGAAAACAAUUAUAUAAUUUUCUUUUGUUUGCAUUGUCACUUAGAAAUCUUUUCGGGUUUUCAGAGCAAUGUUACUUACGAAUAAAAUCGUUUAAUUAGGCUUUUAUUUGUCAAUGUGGUUACGGUAGUUUACUUCUAAGUAUUGGACGGUGGAGUGUACUUAUGUCAAUUGUUUUAAUAUUAAAGUGUACUCCUAAUAAUAAUUACUCGUUAGACCCACUGCAGGGCGUAGUUUUAGUUCUAUAACUACAUAGGUUCAAAAUAAUAUUUUGGAGGAACAGAGGUCAUAUAGGGAAAUUAUAUUUGAGUCGACGUAUAUAUAGUUUCUAUAAAAGGAAUAUUGUUUUUUAAAUAAAUAUAACUUUCGUAU